AUGGGUUCCGCUUUGUCAGCGGAGGAAAAAACGGUGCAUGACUUUUUGUUAUGCACUGCUGAGAAGCAGGGAGAAAAGAUUCCCUCCGAUGCGCUGUCCCAGUUGUUGAAGUGGAGACAAAGGCGCGGGUUUUUUAUUACCCCAAGUACUGUUUUGGAUACAGCCGUUUGGGAGCGGGUGGGAUCUGAACUAUGGGAGUCUGUCUCGCAUGGCGACAAAGAAGCCCCAUCCCUGAGCCAAAUAUGGCGCAAAACAAAAAGGGUUGUAGAGACACUCGCCGCGGAGGCAGAAGUGCAGGCGGCAGUUAAUAAUAUUUUUCAGCGAAAAGAGGAGCCGCCCUGUGUGUUGCCGGUUGGCGCCCGAGAGUUCUUUGGGGGAGAAGAGGCUGUAAUUCCGCUAGCCCCCAGUGCGCCUGAAGUCGAUCCUAGCACCGUCCCGCUCCCUCAGGAUUCAGAUGAAUCCUUGGAAAAAAUGGAAGCCAUCAAUGCAGGGACGGUUGAAUUCCAGGAGGAGAUCAGAAGGCAGGGUUGUCAAUUGCAAGAAAUGUUAAAUAAAUUGUCCCAGAUGGUCGGGGAGGACCAUCCUCCGCAAUCUCGUACAUUAAAGACUCUGCACGAAAUGUCUGAGCCGGGUUUGUCUAAUUUUCAGAGAGCUUAUAAGACUAAACCGCCCGAUAAAACCCCACCCUCGGGUGAUGUUGUCACCCCCUGUCGUCGCUACGGGCGUUGGGGGUGUAAUGUGGAAUGUACUGAGCGGGAUAACCCCUUUGUGGGCAAGCCGCGGGAACUUGGCCAUCCCUUUAUUAAUAAGCCACCAACAUAUUCUUCUGAUGAUGUGGGUCCAGGGUCUCCGGAUCCGGUGCGGCGGUGGCAUGGGCUUAUAAAGGAAGCCCACAUAGAAGGAGAAUUCUUACCUAAUGCCUUCCCAGUUAUUACACCGGACCCGAACAACCCUGCUAGGCGACAGUGGGCACCAUUGGACUGGAAACUUGUCCGUGAGGCACAAAAAUCAAUAAUGUCCUACGGCAUGAAUAAUCCAUAUGUACAGUCCCUCAUAGAGCAGGUGUUCAUCGGACAAGCUAUGUGCCCUUAUGAUUCGUUAAAGUUUGCUGACAUGCUUCUAACACCCACUCAAAGGCUAUUGUGGAAGGAUAAUUGGUCAAAGCGUGUGGAAAUGGCUCUCAUACGCAAUAUUGAUUUAUCUGAGGACAAUCUGCUGCGUUAUGCCACUCAGGAUAUGCUUAUGGGAACUGGAGUUUAUGCGGACCCGCAACGGCAAGCUCGUCUUGAUCCUCAGAUUUUACAACAGUCGCAGGGAUUGGCCUUGGCCGCUUUUAAGGAUGUACCUCAUAUGGGUAAACCGAUCCCACCGUACGCAAAAAUUGUCCAGGAUCCCUCAGAGCCUUAUUCAACAUUUCUCGAUCGACUUAGAGAAGCAAUAGACCGCUCCCCUAAUUUGACGGCCGAAGCGAAGACAGCUGUUGGGCUCGAUCUUGCUACACAAAAUGCCAAUGCUGUUUGUCGUCAUAUCUUGGCUACCUUGCCAAAAACUGCUUCCCUAACCGAAAUGGUGGAAGCCUGUAACAGAGCGUCGAUAUACAAGGAGACAGAUAAAGCGGAAAUACAUGCAAAGGCUCACGCGUUAGCACUGGCAGUGGCCCUUUGA